GGAAAAGGCGGGGCGACAGGCACCUCCCUUCCGCCCCCAAGGCGACGUCCAACCCCUUCUCUGGUGUGGAGAGACAGUCUCAACGUCAGCUUCGUCUUCGGCAAACCGAGAUAUAAACCUCCCGGGGCGCGAUGCGACGGUGUCCACGGAAGUUCUUGUGGGGAAAGCGAGAACUACUCGACCCAUAGAGCCGAGCGCGGAAUUGAUUCUGCUUUUAGGAGUACCCGCCAACUAGCGGGACCGAGCAGGAACCCGCAACCAGGAACAGGGAGUGCUUGGCGCCCCCUCCCUAUGCCACUCCCACGAUGCCCUUGUCCCGCUGGUUGAGAUCUGUGGGGGUCUUCCUGCUGCCAGCCCCCUACUGGGCACCCCGGGAGAGGUGGCUGGGUUCCCUACGGCGGCCCUCCUUGGUGGUCGGGUACCCAGUCCUGGCCUGGCACAGUGCCCGCUGCUGGUGCCAAGCAUGGACAGAGGAGCCUCGAGCCCUUUGCUCCUCCCUCAGAAUGAAUGGAGACCAGAAAUCAGAUGUUUAUGCCCAAGAAAAGCAGGAUUUCGUUCAGCACUUCUCCCAGAUCGUUAGGGUGCUGACUGAGGAUGAGAUGGGGCACCCAGAGACAGGAGAUGCUAUUGCCCGGCUCAAGGAGGUCCUGGAGUACAACGCCAUUGGAGGCAAGUAUCACCGGGGUCUGACGGUGCUAGUAGCGUUCCGGGAGCUGGCGGAGCCAAGGAAACAGGAUGCUGAUAGUCUCCAGCGGGCCCUGACGGUGGGCUGGUGUGUGGAACUGCUGCAAGCUUUCUUCCUGGUGACAGAUGACAUCAUGGAUUCAUCCCUCACCCGCCGGGGACAGAUCUGCUGGUAUCAGAAGCCAGGUGUGGGUCUGGAUGCCAUCAAUGACGCUGUCCUUCUGGAAGCGUGUGUCUACCGCCUGCUGAAGCUCUACUGCCGGGAGCAGCCCUAUUACCUGAACCUGAUCGAGCUCUUCCUGCAGAGUUCCUAUCAGACUGAGAUUGGGCAGACCCUGGACCUCAUCACAGCCCCUCAGGACAAUGUGGAUCUCGACAGAUUCACUGAAAAGAGGUACAAAUCCAUUGUCAAGUACAAGACGGCUUUCUACUCCUUCUACCUUCCUGUAGCUGCAGCCAUGUACAUGGCAGGAAUUGAUGGCGAGAAGGAGCAUGCCAAUGCCAAGAAGAUCCUGCUGGAGAUGGGAGAGUUCUUUCAGAUUCAGGAUGAUUACCUUGACCUCUUUGGGGACCCCAGUGUGACUGGCAAAGUUGGCACUGACAUCCAGGACAACAAAUGCAGCUGGCUCGUGGUCCAGUGUCUGCAACGGUCCACUCCGGAACAGCGCCAGAUCCUGAAGGAAAAUUACGGGCAGAAGGAGGCUGAGAAGGUGGCCAGAGUGAAGGCAUUAUAUGAGGAGCUGGAUCUGCCGGCUGUGUUCUCGAAGUAUGAGGAAGACAGUUACAACCACAUUAUGGCUCUGAUUGAACAGUACGCAGCGCCCCUGCCCCCAGCUAUCUUUCUGGGGCUUGCGCGCAAAAUCUACAAGCGGAAAAAGUGACCUAGAGACUGCAAGGGCGGAGAGGAGGCUCUCAAUAAAUAAAUUAUUGUGUAAUCUU